CGUCGGAUAGACACCAACCCACCCGCACGAGCGGAUACUUCUGCGCGCUAAAUUCAACUUCGCGUGCCUGUCCAUCUAGAAAUGCGAUGUAUCCAAGGGAACCAACGGUAACUGUUUAUCAGUUCCAAUGCAGCAAACCGGAGGGAACCUUGCCCGUGUGAGCCUGACCCGUACGACAUUGUGGCUCUGAACUUGAUACAGAUUGCCCUGUUUUAGUAAUUAGUCCAAGGAUCCAAAAAAUAAUAAUGCUCACCAAAAAGGAGAAGCUACUGAUUCGCCCAUGGCAGAUGCAACGCUACUACAACCAUCGGAUCAAGGUGGAGACCGCGGUACCGGCAAUCGAUUUCCAUCCACCUCCAGCCCGAGCCCACAUUACGCAGAAGUUGAAAAAGGUACAGAAGGAACGCGAACGGACCGAAAAGAUUGAGAGGGACAAUAUUCGACUGCUGCAACGCUUGGGAGCAAUUAUGAGCAAGAAGCGCUUGGAUAACAUCUGGACACACGCUAGACCCAACUUUCUCAGCAGGGAAUACAUCUAUCCUAUACGUCCGAAAACGACCGGAGGAAUGCCGGCCGAACACGAACACCGCCGUCGAUCUUCCAUAAGACCAUUGGAUGACGCCGGACCGGAACCGGAAAGUCCAGAAUCUUCAUCGGCUCGUCCGAUUCGCUGCAGCGCCUGUAGCAACCGGUCUUACAAACCAAACAAAGUCGUUCCCGAGGAGCGAAUGCCAUGGGCACCCCAAAGGAAAACCACCAACCGAAAGCUGCUGAACGAAGCAGAAUCCGAGCCGCACGUAUGCUGUCGGUUCUGCUGCUGAAUAUUGCUAUUCGAUGGUGGGGAUCCAAUUCCUAAAACAAAACGGUAAUAUACAUUUUAAGGUAAGUCGAGAAUCACUAUUGUUUGUAAACAAAUUUUGUAACUGGUUGGUCCCAACAAAUUCGUGUGAAAUAAAACCCAAUAAAUAUUUUCUGGAGACGUUCUUUUCUUCCAUUCAGAAACACUUGCAACAUCCGCCCUUCUUUGUUUACAAUCCUUUUUGUAUUUUCAUCACCUUCGCUUCGAUCUACUUACAAGAAAUAAGAUAAUUAAACACUGAUCCAGCCCGCCCUACUUCAGUGGAAUGAAACGGGAGCUGUGGGUGGCACCAAUACCGGGCCUACCGUGCUUGACGGGUUUGUAGGUCAGCGAGAACUCACCAAGAUAGUGACCGAUCAUUUCAGGCUUGACUUCCACCUGGUUGAAGGUCUUACCGUUGUAAAUACCAACGAUCGAUCCGACCAUCUCCGGGACGAUGAUCAUGUUGCGCAGAUGGGUCUUGACGAUAGCUGGCUUCUCGUUUGGUGGAGCAUUCUUCUUGGCCUUGCGGAGCUUCUUGACGAGAGCCAUCGGCUUACGGCGAGUGCCGCGGUUCAGCCGCCGCUUGGCACGGCUGUGCAUCAGCUCCAUCAACAAAUCCUGCUUCAUGUCCAGCAGCUGGUCCAAAUCCACCCCGCGGUAGGUGAAUUUACGGAACGCACGCUUCUUCUUAACUCCCUCGGCUUCAGUGGUGUCCGCCAUGGUUACAAAGUUACGGAUUUAAUCCGAAAAA